AGAGACUUAUUAUGUAAAAGAUUUAUACGAAUUCACUGCAGCAUUGGAUGAAUUUUCGAGAUGCUUGGAUCGACAAUUCAGAAUUAUCAACAAUUGGGAACACUUUGCCAAAACUCUAAAUGUUCCCUCGGCCGUUAUACGUACAUGCAAACUGUACUCCGAGGAUAGUCCAACAAUAAGGCUGUUUAGAUACCUGGAGGUAAUAAACCCUUAUAUGACUGUUGGUGAACUUCGUGCUGCCCUAUCAAAAAAUCAACAAAGAGCCCGGCAUGACUUGGCAAGAUUGCUCGAAGAUAUGGACAAUGAACUUAAGAUAUCACAAGCUAUCACCAAUUCCACAUCCAACAUCAUGGAUAAGAUUGCAUCUAAGCUUGAUUCGGCUUCACCACCAACAUGUACGUGGAUGGACGUUGGUCUUGAGAUUGGAAUCACCCGUGACACAUUACAGCAACUGGAAAAGGGCCCUAUCUACAAUCCAACUGAAGCGUUGUUUAGAGUUCUUUAUACAGGUGCACGAAAUGUCAAAGCAAGUGUAGUAGUUGAUUACCUGAAUCAGAUGAAUAGGUGGGAUAUUCUUGAAGAACUCAAACAAAUACCACAAUCAACAGAAUUUGAUUCCAAAGUUGCUCAAGACAUUUUCAAACUUGGAUCAGAAGUUCUUGAUAGAAUGUCCAGGAGGUUAAAUAAAGAUUUUCCAGGUGUGGAAGGCUGGAAGGGGCUUGCAAGUCGUUUUCUAUCUGACCAGUACAUUGAUGAYCSAGAUAUCAUUUCCAAGCUGGAGCCACCACAUCAGCAUGAAAUCCAYAGCCCAACUAAGAAAGUCAUAGAAUGGCUUACUGCAAACAAGCCAGAAGUCACUGUUAAUGAGCUAAUUCAAACAUGUAGAAAAAUUGCUCGUUAUGAUGUUGCAGAAAUCCUGAGUAAGCACUAUAAUGUUGAAGGUUCUUGGGAUGACCCAGGUAGCCCAAAAUCUCCUUCUCCGGUACAAGAAUGUAGCCAGGUACCGACAAGUACCCCUUUUGAGAUAGUUUUGCGUGGUGCAAAAGCUAUAGAAGCUUAUGAGAAAGAGCUCUUGGAUGGAAAGACCAAGAAUCGACGACUAUUUGUUAUGCUUAUUGGACAGUCUCGCGCAGGAAAAACAAGUUUACUGAAAUCUUUCAGAGGCCUGGAUUUUGACCCUAACGAGGAUAGUACAGAGUGUGCAGUCUUACAUCGCUGUUGUUGCAAGCUGGUAGACACAGUUUGGGUGCCAGAUAGUGACAUUGAGGAUAAAAUGUCAUUUGAAGGGGUUAUGUCAAAAAAAAUGGCCGAAACAUAUCAAGGAGAAGAAAAAUCUCAUUCAGAUAUGAAAACCAGUAAGGAAGCCUCUGGAAGAGACAAAUCCUUAGACAAGAACGACAGGCCGGAUGAAAUUCAUUCCUCACUGCACACUAAACUUGAUGGUAGUGCAGAGGUUGAUGAAAGCACCCAACUUGAUGAUAGCACAGAACGUAGUGGUCCUAAUGGAAAACUAAGUGAUUCUUUGCAAAAUCCAGUGGACGGUGAAGAUUCCUCAAGUUUGGCCAACAGAGUUGAAACGAAGGAUGAGGUUUUUAAACGAGUCAACAACAAUCUCAGAAAUCCUAAAGAAGCAGGGAGUGAUGAUAUCAUUUGUAGUGUACUAGAUAUUGGCGGUCAGCCUGUUUAUGAAGUCACUCAUCCAUUGUUCAUUUCUACGAAAGGUGUUUUUCUUCUUGUUCAUAGUUUAAAAAAUGGUACAUACAACAAAGCUGCACCCUGUGCAGAAAACCAAAAUAAAAGAAGAGAACUUGACGACAAGUGUUGUAUGACAAACAUGGAUCACCUGGAAUUCUGGCUGUCAUUUGUUGAAUUAAACUCAGCCGGUGUCUUCAAAGAUGCAUCCAAAGAGUGCGAAUUGAUGCCAAAAAAACUACCACCUGUUUUCUUAGCAUGCACGCAUGCUGACAAACCGUUCCAUGGAGAGGUUGCCGAAGAAAUGUCAAGAGAUAUCCUCAAGGACUUAAAAAGAGAAGAACACCCACCCGGAAAACAUUUAGUUCGUUCCCUCUAUGUCAUCAACAACACCGUAUCCGGUUCUUCUGAAGACGAAGGAGUGAAAAAGUUGAGAAAAGAAAUUUGUGAUGUCGCUAAAAGUCUUCCACACAUGAAUGAAGAUAUCCCAAUAAAUUGGUUUGCUUUUGAAAAGGAACUUAAAUUCCUUCUUCAGAAAAAAAGGAGAUAUUUGUCCAUCGAGGAAGCAAAAGAGAUUGCACUAAACUGCAAAGUUAACGUUGAUGUCAAGUCAAAUCAGUUCAUCACUCUCUUGAACUAUCUGCAUGACAUAAGAGAGAUCAUCUACUUUGAAGGUUCACAAACUGUCUUUAUUGACAUCCAAUGGUUAAUCGACAUGAUAGGUAAGGUCAUCACCGUUGAGCUGUAUGAAAACCGGAAAGAGAAGCAUGACAAUUCAUGGAAGAAGCUCGAGGAAGAAGGGGUGCUAGAUUGGUCGCUGCUGAAACAUGUUUGGAGUGAUGAAUUGGCAGAUGAUGAGGCUACCAUUGGCGAUCUCUUAGGGAUCAUGGAGAGAUUUUCGCUUUUGUACCGUUGGAAGAUAGAAGUCGAGCAAAAUGUUUUCCUUGUUCCUGCUAUGUUGUUGAAUAGCAAUGCCCAGAAUAUCGCUGAACUACUCAAAGACCAGAUUACACCCAUUAUUGUGUACUUUCCAAGCUCUCAUCUUCCUCUUGGUAUCUUUCCGAGGCUACAGGUCAUGUUCGCAGAAUUUUGUAAUCAGAAGUGGCCACGAUCAAGCCAACCGAAGUUCAACCACAAUUUUUGCAGGUUUUUUAAAGUUGGAGAAGAAGCAAGUUUUGACUUAGUCCUGACUUCCGACGUCAAAACUAUUUCUGUUGGCGUUGUUGUCAGAAAAGCUGACAACCUAAAGAUCAUGGACUUUUGCCAAGAGAUCCUUGAGUUCUUGAGAACGAAGCUGGAAGUGGACAUGCGCAAGAACUUUCCUUGGAUGAAAAAUAUGGACUAUCAACUAUCUAUUCGCUGUCCUAUAUGCCAGCCAUCUGCAAACUGCAAACAACCUCAUUGUCCUGGAUGUACAAGCAAUGCGUGUGUGCAUUUCAUCUCAGGUGAAGAAGUCCUUAAAGAGGAGGAUCUUUCUUGCGAAAAAAAUCCAGUUUGUAGAAACACUGACAUUCAAUAUGAGUAUUACUUUCACUGGUUCCCAAAGUCGGGAAAGCCGAUUCCUUCAAAACCAGUACCAAAGGACAUAUCUUCAAGAUCAGGAGCAUUCAACAUGAAUGAGGAGAACAAAAGAUGGGUUGUAGUUGGUAUUGCUAUCAUGAAGGACCUUUUGCCCAUUCUACGAAGCUAUAUUAAGCCAGAGAUAUCAAAACACUACAAUGAUCUGAAAGCCAAGCACAACAUCGACACCCAAAUCACUGGAAAACAUCUAGAGAAGGAUGGCUCGUUCAAAUUCAAUUAUGAAAGCAUCAAUAACAACCACACAAAAAAGAAACCUAAGCUCUAUGACUGCAAGGUCAAUUCUGAAGCUGAUUUAGCGAAAUUGUAUUGCAAGUCUUUUAUGGCUAAAUUCACAGCGAUUGAUGAAUCCUGUGAUCUAUCUGCGGUUCUUGGAAUAUUGUCUUCUGCCAGUGUUUUUACUGUAGCGACGCAAGAUGCCGCGAAAGAAGUCCGACAACAUGUACGUAACGACUGGGGUCAUUGUAAUUUUGCUGAAUGGAACGAUGUGAAAUUUCAACACUGCUUCCAACUCAUGGAUGACUUGAUUAAAACGCUUAAUCUAGCUGAUGAUGAAGAGAAAAAGCUGUUGGAAAAGUUGAAGGAUUGGAAAGAAAAAGGUGUGCAACUUUGCCUUGGUAGCCCAGUUGACGCAGAUCUCUUGAAAGUUGUCCAAAACGAUGUGGUCUGGUUGAUGGAAGAAUUGCAAUAUCUCAAGGAAGGUGACAGCGAAGAACGCGAAGAGUUAAAACGCGUUACCCGUGCUUUAGACGAAUUUAGGACCGAGGUUUUCAAAAUCCUGAAAGAACACGAAACGAGGAUAACGGAUGUAGAAUGUCGAGUAAAGGCACUAGAAGAUGAAAGAACAUAAUCUUGCCACAGUAUACAACUUCGAAGUUGUUUCACAUUACUUAUAGACCCGUUCGUCCUUCUGAAUGCAUCAUGGGUAAUUAUGGCUAGAUUACUAAGAGGCAAUGGGGAAAGAGAUACGUGUUUUGCUAUAUUUCCAUUCUGAGGAAAAUUUGCGGGACCAAACGUUUGUCUCUAUUCCAUGUAGUGUGAUGUUCUUGAGCCAAUUAAGCCACAUAUAAACACUGCCGGAUUAUCAGAAGGACUGGUCUAUGGGCUCCUGGUGUACUUUAUUUUUAUAUUCCGAAAACCAAGUAGCCACGAAAAUUGGUCGCAUUUUUCUAUGCGUUUUACGAGAAACAUUCUUGCCAUAUAAGGCGGUGUACCAGGGGAUCUUUCGUGGUUGCCUUGGCAACAUGAUCCAUUAAGUUAAAAACGACCGCUUUUUCUAUGAAAAAUGCGUCAAAAUUAAAAAAAGAGUGGAAAAAAAAUAUCAUACAAUCAAAUGAUAUAAAUAAUUUUAAAUAAAAUGAAUUGUCUUGUAAAAAGGGAAGCAAGGGUGGCCGAAUGGUGAGAGAGUCGGCCUUCGAUUCGGACUUGGGAUCAUAUGUGGCUUGAGUUUGUUUCCGUUCUCUCCCUUGUUUCGAGGGUUUUUUCUCCGAGUUCUCCGGUUUUUCCUCCCUCAGCAAAAACGGAACAUUUCGAUCCUAGGUGUGCUCCGUGAUCAGAUAUGGGUCGGUUGGUUGGCUGCUUUGUGUGUGUGUUGUAACUAUGUGAUUGUCCUCGUAAUGAUAGCGCCCUCGUAUACCGCAUAACCGACCCGAUCACGUGAGCUGCGUCCUUCGUAAUUCAGCACUCGGGCUGCAAGGAUGGGCGAUUA